UCUAAGGCCACUGAAGUAGUAGACGCUAUCAUACAGGGUCUCAACGAAAAGGUAUCCAUUGCCACCAAGGUAGUAAAAGCAGUCAUAGCAACCCUCAAAGCAGCUCAAGCUGAACCUAGUAGUCCUACUGCUACUGUUAAUACAGCUGAUCAUAUCACAGAUCCUACCACAGCUGCUCUCACUGGCACUGGUCUAGAUACCGCAACCGUUGCCGAUGCUUUCACAGAACCAGAAUCAUCUGGAACAGGACUUAAUAUUCAAGAUCAAAGUGAAAUCGCUGAUGCUCUCCUAUUACUAGAAGCUAGUGGACAACCCUUACAUGAUGCCAUCGAUACAGUCCAAGCCAAAAUUGAGGAAGCUGUUGCCACUGCUGUAGUAACUAAAGUAAUAGCAGCUCUCAAUGGUCAAACUAGUGGUGAUGUUAAUCCAGAAACUCAUCUCCAAACUCCCACCACAACUGUCCUCUCCAAGGUCAAACUCCAAUCUCAACUCACCGGCGUUGUCGCAGCACUCAAAGCAAAAAUUAGCUUUUCAGAAGGUAGUACUACAGUCGAAGUCUCUGCAGCUCUCCCAAAACUCCAACAAGAUGAUAAUGAUCCCAAACCUGAAGUCAUCGGUGCAGUCAAAACCCCUCUCAAAGCCACUACUGUUCAGGCCGGUAGAGAUCUAACCGGUCCUGCCACAGAUGUUCUCCAGAAGGUCAAACUCCAAGGACAGGCCGGUCAAAUUCCCAAUGCUCUCCUCACUGUCGGUAUUACAGCUAAUAGUACUAAAAUAGCUGCAGCCAUCAACACACUCACUACUCAAAAAACUACUGCCAUCAACGCUGUUAAAAAAAAACUCAAACAAGAUGGUGCCAGAGCCCAAUUCAUUAGUCUAUUCCACCUUAAGGGCACUGAUGGCUACAGUAGUCUAGAUGAUGUCAAAUGGUACAUUAUGUUUCCAUUUCUCAUGGUCCUUGUUGGUAUGGGACUGGUCUACUGCAUAUAUCCAGCCAUAGCUCCUGGAAUGAUUGUUCCAUUUUACCUGGUUGAUAAGAUUGAGAUGGUUCUGUUGAUCCUGACCAUAUUUCCAGCUCUGUAUGUGGCCGUUGCCAGAAGUGGUAAAUUGAUACAAGGUUUUGGUGGUUUCUUUAAUCCUGUGUCUCCUACAUGUAAUUGGGGAGCCAAAAAUGAAGCUCCAUGGCUACCAAGUGAUUUAGGCUCUGGAUACCACUGGCACCUGACUGACCUCGUGAUUCCCAUCAUGAUCAUUUUAGCAUAUUUAUUUAUUUACUCACUGCAUUACAGAGACUCAUCAGUUGCCAGAUCAAUCAUCAACCAACCCAAAAUGUCUACAUGUCUAACCAUUCUAUUCUAUAUGUGUCAUGAGAUCUCAUUGGCUGUAGGAUUUCCAGGUCUACUAGGAAACAGUGGAUUCAGUAGCAUCCUAGCCCUCAUGGCUCAGCUGAUGGGAGCAUUAUUCGGUUUUUGA